AUGGAAGCUCAAGAACAAGUUAUGGGGUCCAAAGAUCACAAUCAGAUGAUCAAGGGAAAGCGCACCAAACGACAAAAACCAGCGUCCCCACUAACCUUAACAAUGGCUUCUACCUCAUGUAGCACCGCCGAAGGCGGCAGUGCAAGUGACAAAUCCACCGGAUAUGAUCGCGUCACCGUCUCACCCACCUACUACAGAGAAUUCGCACACAGAGGUGAAGAAGAAGAAGAAGACAUGGCCAAUUGUCUGAUUCUUUUGGCUCAAGGCCAAAGUCGAAAAUUUUCCGACCCAGUUUCCACAGAGCCAAACAGCCCUAGGUUAUGUGUGUAUCAAUGUAAGACAUGUAACCGGAGCUUCUCUUCAUUUCAAGCACUUGGUGGCCACCGAGCGAGUCACCGGAAAGCUAUCGCCGCUGCAGAGGAGAAAAAACAGUUGGCGUCGCUGAAGGAAGAGCAUGAUCAAUUCAACCACCAUAGCACAAUCCUUUCACUUCAAACUCCAAACAGAGUUCCAUGCAGUAACAACAAAACUAAGGUUCACGAGUGUUCGCUGUGUGGAGCUGAAUUUACAUCCGGCCAAGCCCUUGGCGGUCACAUGCGGCGGCACAGACCGAUGCCGGUGGCAGCGAGCAGUGCCGACGAGUCCCAAGAAACCAAGAAACAAAAAAACCUCCUGUCAUUAGACCUUAACCUUCCGGCACCGGAAGAGGAUCGCCGGGAAACCAAAUUUCCCUUUGCAUCAAAAGGACAAGUCAUCGUCUUCUCUUCGUCUCCUCUGGUUGACUGCCACUACUAAAUCAAGACUCCAUGUUCUGUUGUUG